UUUGAAAAUCCAAUUCUGAAGUCAAGUAUCUUGCUCAUAAAUAUUUCUUAAACCACUUUUAAAAUACAAUUUUACAAUACCAUAUAUCAUCGUGUACCUAAUGAAGAUAAUCUAUAAAAUAUGCAUUAUAUAAUAUAUUAAUAUAUUAUACUGCAGGUAUACUAUUUCUCAAAAAUCGUCCAAUCAAAAUAUCGUUUUCAAUCAGAUUUCCUGUUGCCCCAAACCAAAUUCGCGUUUCUUCAAAUACGUAUAUAAUAUAAUACCAUAUACGUAUACUGCAGCAGUAUACACUAUUACACUAAUAAUAUACUUUUCAUUUUUUCCCAAUUCAGCAAUAUCCUCCUCUCUCACAUGCCUCUGCAGUGUAUGCGUGUUGGGUCGGGUUUACUUAUACAUAAUGUAUAUAUAGGACCCGAGUUAUACAUGCGAGGUUAUUGGUUGUGUGUUAUAUAGGAACGGAAAAUGUAAAGGAGGAACCUUCGUUUCACUCGGAUUGUCGAUUUCCUAUACACUAUAAUAUAUACACUCCUCCACCCUUGUGGUAUAUAUGAGCGCACUCGUACAUAAUGGUGACUGUGCGUUUUCGCCCCCUCAGCGCCGGCACCGCCACCUACGCCCGGGUGGGCUGCCGUCGCGCACGCGUGACCCGUCGCCGCUGCUUCUACGGGGUCGGUGUGUGCCACGAGGCAACCGGCAGCAAGCGUCACAUCAGCUCAAGGAACUCAUCGUUCAACAACCUUCUGCUCGGGAAAAAUAGAUUGCUGAUAUGCGGAGUGAUGUAUGCAUCGGCUGGUGACGAUCGCGGCCAAAUGAUCCAGUCGUACUGCAUAUGUUAUCUUCCAAAGACCCGACCGGAGGAGAGAGGAAAAAAACGAGAAGUGAAAGGGUUACACACGUUGGUUCAGCUGUACCCCGGCACAUCAACGCACUGAGGUAAGUGGGUAAUAUUUAAAAAAAAAACGGUUCGUUUUAUAAAUUAGCAUUUUUCUACGUACAUUGUCUACGUACCCGGAGCCUGUUCUUAAAUUACCAUUUUCACCCAUACACCCGGCUCAUUAUAAUCCCCGGAUCCCUUUCAUUACACACUCCACGCAUCAUACAACUGUACGAGCAAUGCUUCAACGGAAUUAGCUCGGUAGCAGACAAAUCGAGUGUCACUUACCAUAAUAUCCGCUGCAGUAUCUGGCAAAUCAUUACGAAAUAUUCAAACAGCUUAGACAGACCCUAUAAACAAAUGUUGUUAUAUAACAUAUUAUUAUUAUUUAUUUUAUUGGUAUAUAAUAAUAAUGUAAGGCACUGUAUAUGAUAUGAUUAUUUAAUAUAUUUUGUUCUUUUUAUGCGUAUAUACUUAUAUAUAUAUAUUACAUUAUAUAUAUAUAUUUAUGUAUAGUGUAUAGCAACAUAGCCAUAUUUAGGUAACAAGUUACUCUCUUCAGGCAUUAAGGUAGAAUUUCAAUAUAAAAUAAUAUUUAAUCGUAAUAUCAUCGAAAAAACGUCGUCUUCAGUCUCGUAUUGUUUAUUAAUAAUUAUUCAAUCACAUAACUAUGUAUUAUACCAUUAUAUUGUAUUGAUAGCACGUAUAUUUUUGUUGCGGGUAAACAUGUCGUGCCUGGACGUGUACAGAUGCUAAAGAGGUCCUGCUGAGAGGGUUAUCAUGGUUCAGUAGCGAUUAAAAAAUAACUAAAAGGAAAAAAACAAACCCCUGUCAUUUCCAUUGUGCCACCGCGAGCUUGACAUCCGACGCAUUCUAUGACAGUAAAGACAAACCGCGCCCUUUCAAAUAAUUUCAAAUGUUUUGCCAAGCACGAUUAUAAAGCUGUAGUUUAAUAUCAUGCGUAUAUGAUUAAUGAACGAUUGUUUCGGUUAUUAUACAUAUUUCUACGUUCUACCUUACAUAUGUCUGUGUCGACCCGAAAAUAUUAAUGUUAGGUGAUCAUUUUCCUCAGAAUUUGACCCUUUCCGAUUGAGCCCGGUGGAGGUCUAUUAAUAAUCCUAUUUUUAUAAUUAUAAUAUAUCUCAGUCUAUAAAUCAAAAAAUAUAUAAAAUAUAUAAUACUAUAAUAGACUGAAAGGACGUUAAAAUGAUCAAUAGCUUUGUGUAUUUAAACCUGAAAAAACCGAUACCAUUUUACAUUUUAAGAAAGAAAAGCAAUAUUACAAACUGUAUCCAUACACACACAUUAUUGACAUAACAUAUUUUGUGAAAAAAUGGAUUUUUUUUAAAUUUAAUACUAUAGAUAAAUACUUUCGUGGAUUCCCCGAAGUUAUGGUGAUUAUAUAUUUUAUAAUACCUAUGUAAUAGUAUUUGACAAUAUAGACGUUGCGCAAUGUGAAUGACAUGAAAACAAAAUUCGGAGGGUGUUGGCACAGUGUCGGUCGUAUGCCGUCACUGUCGUCAUUGUCGUCGUAAGAACAAUAUAACUUAUUCUCGGGGCGUAGAGUAAAACAUUGGCGGUAUACGUUGCGUUGAAAGGCCUUGUACGGAAUACGUUCAUUUGCAUGCAAUUACGGUUUCCGGGGGAGGUAUAUAUACAUAUACAUUUAUAAAGUUAAGGAGGUCACGAGGUUUCCGGAGGGAGUCGAUAAUUUAAUUACAAGAAUCGCAAACCACCUGCUGACGUAAUUUUACGAGUCUUGUCGAUUUUUGAAGUUUCUUUAAUUUGCGGUGUUACGUAUAAUUGUGUAUAUUUUGUAUAGUGUAUAUAAAAAUUAAACGUAUAAUAAUAUAAUAAUAUAAUGUACACAUACAGCUGGUUCGUCUUUUACAAGGGGAUGUGGUUUGAUUCUGUUUAUAUAGAAAUAAAAUAUAAUACAAUCACUUAUUAACUACCUAUAAUAAUAUAUCUUGACGUACACACGCAUAUAAUAUAAUAAUAUGUAUAAUGUAUGAUAUACAUUUUUAUUUUUUUACGCAUAUAACGAAUCGAUAAAGCUGAAGGAGGUUGAACUUUGCUAAACCACCUAACCCCCCUCCAUCCACCCCUUUCUCUGGCUUUGCUGUUCGUUUGGUAAUACGCUCUCUUUGGACAGUCACAUACAUAUAUGUGCAGUCGACAUUCGAUUUGCUUGCCUGGGUUUUUUGCUUCGCCCUUUUUUUUCUUAUCGAAUUAUCUCGGCGUCUUGGAUUUGAUUUUUGAAUUUCACUGAAAUUCCUUUUCCCCGUCGCCCACACUUUAUCAGAUAUAUAUAUAACAUAAUAUAUAUGUAUACAUACGAACGCUCACGUAUAUAUCCCGUUCCAUUUGGAAGAAACGUAUGACGUAUGCGAAAAGUGUACACAACCACUCGAGUCAAAUAUAAAAUGUAUAAUGUACACACGCUCGAGCGUCUUCCGAACACCCGCUCGCCGUGCUUCCGAGCACACGGUAGUAAUACGGUUUGGAAUACUCCCAUAUAUAAAUAUAUAUUUUUAUAUGUAUUUUUCUCUCUUUUUUUUUUAUUUGUUCGAAUCCCUGGCUGAAAUCUUCUCCAUACAUCACCCUAUUUGAAUAGCGCACUUUUCUUUUGCGUGUGUGUAAAUAUGCAUACAUACAUGUAUCACGAAUUUUCAUAUUAUUAUAAUAAAAAUACCAUUGCCGUGUACUCUUCGAAAAAAAAAUAUAAAACACUUUUUCUUAGGUCCCCGACAACUAUGCACCAAUUGUAUCAAAUACACGAGAAUAUUUUGCCAUUAUUUUCUUCUUUUGUUAGUGCGGUGACCCACUACAUCCCCCGCAAUAAUAACAAUGGCCGACAUUAUUGGCUAAUUUGUGCAUACGUAUCACUGCACUCAAACAUUUUUCUAUGUACGUGCGUAGAAAGGGGAGGUACAAUAAAAUCACUCUGAUGUACGAACAACGUUCAAAAUAGUUCCAAACACUCAGAUAUUAUUAUGUAAUAUUUUAUUACAGUAAAGUUUUUACUUAGAGUUUAUUGAUUUCAAAUGAAUUCAUUAAACUAUUGACACAUAAAAUUACAAAUAGGGUUAGAUAAAAUUGCUUACCUAUUAUUUCAUAAAAGUGCUGUUAUUAAAAAUCAUGGAUCGUCAUCAGAUAUUUACGAGUAUUUAACUGUUUAAACCUUAAUCUACAAUACAAUAUCUUGAAAACAGAUAAAAUAUAAUUCUAACUACCUGUAUAAGUAUAUAAAAUUAAAAGUUCUACAUUUUA